AUGCGGGGGCGAGGGUGUCCCCACGCGGCGCCCGCCGAAGCUCCGGUCCUCCCCGCCCAGUCGAGGGCUCCGGGGCGCGGCGUGGGCAAGGGUGUGUUCGGCCUCGUCUUCCCCGCCUCCUCAGCCGGCCUGGGCCGACUCGCACCUCCCGCGGGCCCCGUCUCCUUGCCGCCACUCUCGGCGGCCGCCGACCUCCCCCGCCGGGUUUGUCCACGCGGGCCGCGCCGCUCUGCAGCUCACGAGCCCCGGACGUGGCGUUUCCCGGCCCAUAGGCCGCGUCCGGCCCCGAGCACAAAAGGCAGCAGCCCGCAGCCCCGCUGGCCUCUUGGACCGUCUGCGACGUCCUUGUCGAUUGCCACAAUGGCAACUGCACCAUACAACUACUCUUACAUCUUUAAAUAUAUUAUUAUUGGGGACAUGGGAGUAGGAAAAUCUUGCUUGCUUCAUCAAUUUACAGAAAAAAAGUUUAUGGCUGACUGUCCUCAUACAAUUGGUGUUGAAUUUGGUACAAGAAUAAUUGAAGUUAGUGGCCAAAAAAUCAAACUGCAGAUUUGGGAUACAGCAGGACAGGAGAGGUUUAGGGCUGUCACACGAAGCUACUACAGAGGAGCUGCGGGAGCACUUAUGGUGUAUGAUAUCACUAGAAGAAGUACAUAUAAUCACUUAAGCAGCUGGUUGACAGAUGCAAGGAAUCUCACCAAUCCAAAUACUGUAAUAAUUCUCAUAGGAAAUAAAGCAGAUUUGGAGGCACAGAGAGAUGUUACAUAUGAAGAAGCCAAACAGUUUGCUGAAGAAAAUGGCUUAUUGUUCCUUGAAGCAAGUGCAAAAACGGGAGAGAACGUAGAAGAUGCUUUCCUUGAGGCUGCCAAGAAAAUCUAUCAGAACAUUCAGGAUGGAAGCUUGGAUCUGAAUGCUGCCGAGUCUGGUGUACAACACAAACCUUCAGCCCCACAGGGAGGCCGGCUAACCAGUGAACCCCAACCCCAGAGAGAAGGCUGUGGCUGCUAGUGACCUCUUUGCCGUGGCUCUCAUUUGACCUUUCACCUCUGUCUGUUGGAAGCAGUACUUUUUACUUGCUGCCUCAUUGUCUUCUGUACAUCUUACUGGGUUUAAUUAAAAAGAAAAAACAACUCUGUUGUAAAAACAGUUUAACACAAUACUAAACUGCUAAACAACUAGAUGUAAUCAGGUUAUCAAAGGCAAGUAGAGUAAUAAAUCUCUUCUGCAUGGUAAAUCUAGACUUUUUUCCCCCCUUGAUUGUCCUCGUGAUAGGUAUGUCACCAAUACAUGAUUUAAACUGAGCACUGAUGCUGGACUUGAGUUUUACCCCUCCCUCUUUUUGGCAAGGCUUUGUCUCAUUGUACGGUUUAAUUUUAUGAUAUCUUAAGCCUUUCUUCCCAUUUUUAACUGUUCAGGUAUGUCUGUUAUAACCCAUAAGUUUAUUGCUGUGAAAUGACUUCUGAUGAUAGAGAAGGGGUCCUUUAAAGCCUUUUGUUUUUGUUGGAUAAAUUCCCUGUUGUGUGGGUGGCAUUUUUCUUGAGGCGGUUUGCUUCUGUCUUAGCCUUGCACAGGGAAAAUAUCCAUUUAUCUUUUCUCUUGUGCUUAAUUAAUAGCUUUAUCCUUUUUUUUUUUACACCAUUUUAUCUUUUUCUCUUUAGCAGAAAGUAAAUAUGUAUAAAAUUUGAAGGAACCGAACUAACAAUACAUUCUGUGUAUAUUAUUUUAAUGAAGAAAAUAAAUUGAUUACUGGCAUUGGAACAGUAUAAAAUACCAGUUUGUACAGUAUGACCUAUAUGUGACUAUGUUACUCCCUUCCAUUUCAUAUAAGGAAAUAGACACAACUGCAGUUCACAGGAUGUACUGGCUCCACCCUUUGGUGCUGGCAGUGUUUGGGGACAUUAUGCUGGAAGGAGCUCCUGGCGUGAGAGGAUUAACACUAGUAGAUUCUGUUCCAUCUUUGCACUGUGGCUUACCUGCUGAUUUUCUUAACUGUUCUUGUGCAAUCAAUAAUGUGCUAACGUGCUUUUCUCUUUUUGUAACGUUUUACAUUACAGGCUGCAUUUCUUGCCUUACUAUAUAGAAAAAGAAAAAAGGCUGGGUUUAUUAUUGCACAUUUUAAGCUUUUAUACCUGUAUCUUCUUGGAAUGGUGAGAUUCUAAACGAGACAGCCAGAACUGCAGGUCUGCUGUUAAGGGAUUUUAAAUUGUGCAUUUUUAACACUACAGUGAAAUAAUCUAAGAUAUCCCCUGUGUUCUUAGUAUGAGGGGCUAUUUUAUGUCACGUUGGCAUAAAUUGUUUUGUAAAGGGGAAAGUGUUUCUAACGGUGUUCCAAUAUUUGUGCUGAUACAAAGUAAGUUAUUGCUUUGCACUAGGUGGUUUGGCCACUGACAGAAUACUGUAUUGCAAGGGAAAUAAUCUUUUAUUUCUUUAGAAAGCAAACUUACAUUUUACCAAGUUCUUUACUUCUGUUGAUUGAUUUCUAAUUGAGUUUAUGGUUCAGGCUGGGAACUGAGAAGUUAUUUGAAGUAGGAUAGGCAAACCUCAGUAUAUUAUAUACAACGCACUCUCAGCUCAACUGUUGUGUUUAAAAUACACAUUUUAAAUCCCUAUUUACAGACACUAACGUAAAAAAUACAGCUUUCUGGGUUGUAAACAUGUGGUAGUACCAGAGUAUUGUAUAGUCAGUGUUAAAUAAAAGCCAAAACUGGAAUGUGCAGAAAAUAGGAUUUGGUUAAUUUGUGGACUCACCUUUCUGUCUUUGUUUAACUUUUUAAAAAGAUACCUGGAGUAGAUCAGUGUAUUCUGUUAAAGACUUAACAGUGAUCCAUUUUGCUUACACUGUUGCAUCACAAGGGACUUGCCCAGGGACCAUGACCUGCUGGUGUGUGUAUAUAUUUACAAAAACAAAACAAACAAACCACCCAUUGGGAUAUAAGGUAGCAAUCACAAAUGAAAGACUGCGGCUUGUUUAGGUGCAGUACCCUGAUUUCCCAAAGUUAGUUACAGUGGGUCUUAAUUGUUUUUGUGACAGGAGUUAUUCAGACUGCUGUACUCUCCAUUUGAUGUAACAAAAUGCUAUUAAUCUAAAUAUUUGUAAAUAAAGUACCUGUAUCUAGAUUAAAUUAAAAUUGUUUGCAUUAUUUUCUGAAUUAUAACAGGAUUUCGUAUUUUCUUCAGGCAGUUAUUUGGCAUAAGUCGCCGGUGUGUAUUUCAGAAUUGUCCUUUUUGUUUAAAAAGAAAAGUCUACAUAAGUAGCGUAUAAAUCCACAUCACCCAGUAAUUGAGCUAGUCUUAUCCUUGUGUUCAGAUCACACUUGCAGUGUUUUUCAACCUUUUUCAGUGUGAGAUCAGCACAUUUGGUGGCUGAUAGUGUUCUCCCUUGACUGUACUUGGGGCCAAAUUCUGUUAUUUGCAUGUGUAAUCCCCUAUAAUAAACUUGGGUGCUCAAAAAUAGAGAAGCAAAUUGUCAUAUUGUAAUAUCUGUGUGCCAGACACUGGGCAAGUACACUUUGGAGAGAAUGUGAAAUUCUUUUAAUUUUUAAUCCAUGGAGAGCUUACUACGUGUGUGGUCACCUGCUUUUCUGGGUUACUCCUUGCCCUUUUGCACCUAUGAGGCCCUCCUGAUUAGUAAUUGGUGCUCAGUACUCUACGCGUUAGACAUUCCAGUAUGAUGUUCAAGUAUUUUUCAUGGACAAAGUGUUUGAUGCGGUAACUUUGAUUUUUUUUUGGUGGGGGUGGGGGUUGGUGGUGUUUUCAUAAUACUAGUUAGAGGUAGCAAAGUUUCUUUGGCAAGAUGUCUUUUGGAACCGGGUGUUUGUUUGGCGUUACACGUUAAUUACCUCACCUCUAAUUCCAGAAGACUAUAGUUUUGGGAACUUUUUUGCCCACUUUUUUUUUUUUGUGGUAUGCAGGCCUCUCACUAUUGUGGCCUCUCCCGUUGCGGAGCACAGGCUCCGGACGCGCAGGCUCAGCGGCCAUGGCUCACGGGCCCAGCCGCUCCACGGCACGUGGGAUCCUCCCAGACCGGGGCACGAACCUGUGUCCCCUGCAUCGGCAGGCGGACUCUCAACCACUGUGCCACCAGGGAAGCCCCGCCUACACAUGUUUUAAGUGUUCUCUUUUCUUAUAAAUGUGUGGCUCAAUUCACUCCCCUUAACAGAAGACCAAAUGAUUCCUGUUCAUGUGGGAAUAUAGAGAGGGUUCAUGUGGCAGUUUAGAAAGAAAAUAUUUUACCCUCAUUCAGCACAUGGACAGACCAGGAAACUGCGUCCUUGAAGGAUUUCAGUAAUUGUGGAUAGGCCAGGAUUUUAAGCAUUUUGCUAAGACUUGUGGAAAUGAAACAAAGAAUAUAACUACCAAAUCAGUUUUAUUUUGGAAGUAGAUGUUUUCUGGAACUUAAUGUGUUAAUAAAUUUUAUGCCAUUUU